GGAUUGUCGAGGUUAUUUAUUUUGGCCGGGCCUCAACUCAAGCAUUGACCAGACGCAUUGAAGUUAUCUUUUAUUUUUGCUCCUGCACAACAUGGAAGACGAUGAUCUUGGGCCCACAAUCACCGCUGUCAUGUGGGUGGUGACUGGCGUCCCUUUCAUCAUUGUUGUUCUGAGAAUUUACUGCAAAUGGAAGCUCAGCAGAGGCUUUGGAUGGGAUGAUACAAUCGUGGCCUUCUCUUGGGUCCUACUAGCUGUAUAUGCAUCUGUGAUCACCGCUGCUGCUCGACUGGGCGUUGGACGACACCUCGCAACCAUACCAGCAGCAGAUAUUCCACCGGCCCUGGAGCUCGUAUAUAUUGGCGAAUUUAUCGCCAUCAUUGCGUGUGUCCUGAGCAAGACCUCGUUUGCUGUUACACUCUUGCGAAUCGUCACCCGACCAUGGCAGAAAGUAAUGCUGUGGUUCAUCAUCGUCACGAUGAACAUCGUGAUGUGGCUGACAGCGAUAUUGUACUUUGCUCAGUGCUCUAAUCCAGCACGUCUAUGGGAUUUCAGUAUUGAAGCAACUUGCUGGUCUCCAGAUGUAGUCACUCAUCUGGCCCUCUUCGCAGGUGCAUACUCGGGCCUAAUGGAUCUGGUUCUCGCAAUGCUUCCUUGGUGGGUAAUCUGGAAGCUUCAAAUGAAGAGACGCGAGAAAACGGGUAUUGCAAUUGCAAUGAGCCUGGGAGUUUUCGCGGCCGCCACAGCGUUCGUCAAAACAUCCUAUCUACCAAACCUGUCAAAGCAAAGCGACUUCACUUAUUACUGCGGCGACAUCCUCAUCUGGGCCGCAGCCGAAACCGGCGCCACCAUCUUCGCAGCGUCCAUCCCGUCCCUGCGCAUCCUCGUCCUAAAGAUGCGAUCCUCCUACGACAACAGCGGGCAAAAAUACUCUGAAAACUACCAGCUCUCAAAGGGACGCGAAUGGAGUCGAAACACCAAACGUCGCCACGGAACGCUGUUGAGCAGUGAUGAGCAUGUUUCCCUGCCCGGUCGACCGGAUGAUGCGAGCGAGAAGAGUAUCUUGGGUAAAUCUAAUAAUAUCAAACGAACCCAAGAAGUCACUGUCAGUUAUGAACAGACUGAACAGGAGAAUAUGGAUAGGUAUAAUUUUGCUUGAGAUAAAGUCUUUGGGUGGGAUCUUUUAUACGAUCUCUUUUGUUGUCCGUAUUCUGGGUGGUUUCUUAUGUUUUAUGUUUACGUUUCAUUCUUGCAGGUUUGCAGGCAAUCUGACUGGCGAGUG